AUGGCAACCAUGAAGGCCAUCGACAUUAGAGCCGGCCGUGGAGAGCGCGACGCUCUCUUCGUCAACGCCGGCACCCCCAAGCCCACGCCCUCGGCCGGCCAGGCGCUUGUCAAGAUCUGGGCCUUUGGCGUCAACCGCAUGGACAUUGUCCAGCGUCGCGGCUUCUACCCGUUGCCCCCGCAGGCGCCCCGGACGCUGGGCGUCGAGUUCAGCGGCGUCGUCGAGGCCCUCGGGCCCGGCGGCGGCGACGACGACGACCCCGACCCCGUUCUCGCCAGGGGCGACGAGGUCUUCGGCCUGGCCUACGGCGGCGCCUACGCCGAGUACGUCGCCGUCAGCGCCAAGAUGCUCAUCCGCAAACCCGCCACCCUGUCCUGGGAGCAGGCGGCGGCGGUGCCCGAGGCCUGGAUCACGGCGACACAGGCCCUGCACUUCGUCCUGGGCUUCGCCGCCGGCAAGUCCAUCCUCUGGCACGCCGGCGCCUCGGGCGUCUCCGUCGCCGGCAUCCAGCUGUCCCGCCUCGCCGGCGCCUCCAAGGUCUACGCCACGGCCGGCACCGACGACAAGUGCCGCUUCGUCACCGGCACCCUCGGCGCCGACGCCGCCUUCAACUACAAGACGCACGAUUGGGCCGCCGCUCUCCUCGAGGCCACGGGCGGCGGCGGCGUCGACUUCAUCGUCGACUUCGUCGGCGCCGACUACUUCCAGAAGAACCUGCACGUCGCCGCCCGCGACUGCCGCAUCGUCCUGCUCGGCACCCUCAGCGGUGGCGAGGUGGCGGCCGCCGACAUCUCCCCCAUCCUCUACAAGCGCAUCCGCAUCGAGGGCUCGACCCUACGCAGUCGCGACGAGGAGUAUCAGGGCCGGCUGCGUGACAAGCUCGCCACCUACCUGCCGCUCUUCGAGGCCGGCAGGCUCAAGAUCGUCGUCGACAAGGUGCUCCCGUGGCACGACAUCCAGGAGGCCCACGGGUACAUGGAGGAUGCCAAGAACUCGGGCAAGAUUGUGUGCACCAUUUCCUGA